AUGUCAUGGGAGCUUCCAGCCCUGACCCUUCUCUCCCUCAGCGCUGUUGGCUUCUGGGGGCUUGGUAGUCCUCAGCCCUUCCAUCGCAAGGCCCUGUAUAUCCUCGUCAGCGCCUCGGCCGUCCUCAUCGAUCCUCGCCAACUCGCCGCGCGCAUGUACGCAAGCGCCCACGACGCCAUUGUCGACUACCAGCUCGAUGCGCUGCUAGCCCAGCACUUCAAGAUGGCGCUCACUCUCGGAGCCGUGCUCUGGCUGCUUCACCGAGGAUGGCAGACCCUCUGGAAACCUGUUCCCGAACUCAUCAACAUUCUGGGCGUCGAUAUCCCUGAGCCUCCUGAUGUCAGUCUUGCUGGAAUUCGAUCCGAUGCGGCCACUCUCAGCUGGACGCGCCCGACGAGCAAUCGACCGGUACAGAAAUAUUCCAUCCAAGUCAACGGAGUGGCCAUUACGGUGACUGGCCUAAAACCUAACCAUUUCUACAACAUUCGCGUUGUUGCCGUGGGUCCAAACAACUUCCAAGCCGGCAGUGCCCUUCUACGACUGCGUACAUUUGGCAAGGAUGGGAGGCCACUUUUGGGCAACUCACGACUGCCUACCAGCUUUACGGAUCCGGAUCAGCCUCGAAUCAUUCCCGGCGAUGAUGAAAGCGACGACUCUGACGAUGCCCAAUUCCCCGUCCCUUCGGUCGAAGCCGCACCAGUCCUCGACGGAAGCUCGGCGAACACACGCGAUGCCAACGGUACUGUGCCGGGGCAAAGACGCAACACAAUCAACCGUCGCCACUCGCCCUCGGUUGCGAGCAUGGACCAGCCUCACAUCAAACUUCCGAUUCUCGAUGGCCCCGAACUGUCACUUGACGAGUUGAAUUGCAAAUUUGAAGGCAUCCGAAAGGAAAUCGAGGAUACGUUGGCCCUGUACGCAAAGGAUGAGGCUGAGGCGCAGCAACAGGAGGAGGAGCUGAAAAAGGAAAAGGAGCGUAAACGGCAGAUGUUGAAGGAGAAAGAGGAGCAGACGGCCCAACUUAAGGCCAUGGUGAGAAUUACUAUGGAGCAGAUGAGAAGUGCGGAAAAGGAGCGAGCGAAAAAGGAACAGCAACUGCGGGACAAGGAGGCCAAAAAGUCAAAAGUGCGAGAUAAUGUCUCCAAACUUGAGACUGAGAUCCAGCGCAUGAAGAGGGAUCGUGAAGGGUUUGAGGCACAAAAGGCUGCCUUGGCAGACAAGAGAGAUCAGGAUGUGCGGAAACUCGACGAGAUUAAUGCUGAGCUUUUGGAUAAGUGCGCCGAGCUCGAGGCAGAGUUGAAAGACAAAGGGAAACAGUUGCAGGAUCUCAAGGCCGCCAGGGAGCAGCUCCCCGAUGCGCACGAUGAGCAGUGGAAGGAGGAAGAUCUGAGACUGAGGAGAGAGUGGGAGGCCAGGAGAAAGGAACUGCACGCCAGGUGGGUGGCGGAAGCCAAGAGAUCUUAUGAACUUGAUCAACAGAUCAACAUGGUGACGAAGCAAUUGAGGAUGGAGCAGGCCAAUCUCGAAUUCUUCAACCAGGGCAUCGCUCCCAAUCCCAAUGCGGACUUUGACAUGUCUCCGUCUGCUCGACCUAGGCGGCUAAGCCAACAUGGGGUCUCAGUGCCCGAUGCAAACCUUUCAUCACCAAGCCCGAUUAUUCCCUCUGACCCUACCUUUCAACCGCCUGCUGGCUUCACCAAUGCUGGAUUUGGCCCAGCCCUUUUCAUGGAUGUGACGGCCCAUGGCCAAGGCGAUCCCCAGACAGAAGCCGAGCUUAGGGAGGCCAAUGGGCCGUUGAGUCCAUCGGCAGCUCGCUCAUUUCUUCCUUCUAACAUCUUUGAUGAAAUGGAAGAGCCCGACCUGGACCCCGAAGACAAUUUCCUGCCUGAAUCUAUCCAGGCGGAUGACGACGACAUUCAAUCACCGGCUUCCGCGAGUCCACCCUUUAAUAUAUUCGCAAGCCCUCAUGGUUCUUCAAGCAACCUACCAUUUCCUCAGUACACAGAAAGCCGCGACAGGCGGCCAUCACUGACAUCACUGGGUCUAAAUCACUCUGCGACUUCUCCUCCCGCCACCGGCCAUAGGCUCUCUGGCCUUUUGGCGGCGCUGCGUAAUAGGGGCGCAAAGCCUGCGGAUGAACUGGGGCCUGCAAUUGGCUCGCUCAAGCCUGGUCAAAGCCAAUCUUUCCCGCGAGGAACGGAUGAGCAAGAGGUGUUGGAAAAUCGCCGAAAAAUUAAUUUUUCCUCUUGGAUGAACCGCAACUCGACCGGGCCUGAUAGCUUUGCCGGAAUCCCCUUCCCGACAUCCCGACCUUUCUCGGCGCGCCGGCUCAUUCCAUUUGGCAACUCAAGCGGUGGCAUAUUCGCCGACAGAGAAGCUGAUGGGUCCAGGCCACCGUCUAUAAACUCCAUUGACUUACCACGGCCGUCCACAGACAGUGGUUCCAUCUGGGGAAAUCAAGGAGAUCAAGGAGGCUUGCUCAGCACCAAAAAUCGGCUGUGGUCGCCUGAAAAUCGAUGGCCCUCUAGGAGCGGCUCUAGGCGCCCAUCAAUUCAUGGCUCGCCGUCCAUACUGACCACCACCUUGGCCUCUGCCGAAGAUGCCAUUCUCGACGACGAUGACCUGCUUGACCCGCAGACAUCACCUAGUCAGAUUGGAGUCAUCGGCUCCCGUCCGCCAACGGCGCUGAAAUCUAUCAACCAGCGCCUGAAUCCUACUGCCCCGACAUUUAUGGGGAAUUUCUUCCGCGGUACCAAAGACAAGAGCAAAGACAAGGCCAAGGAAGACAAGGCCAAGGCCAGGGAGCCCUCGACCCCCAGCAUGGAAUUCCCCCACGGAUUGGAUGAUUUUCCAUCUGAAGCACCAAUGUCUCGAGACACUCAUUCUAUUCACACUCAAGGUUCAGUCUCUGAGUCUCAUGAAUCGCUGAUGCUUGAUUCGACUUUAUCCAAUACGCCAUCUGAUCUCAAUUCCAAUGGUGACUCAGCCGCGAAAGAUCAAGAUAACGUCGUCAUGAAACUGUUCCGCAAGGGCAGCUCCAGCAAGUUUGGCCUGUCGACUAGACUGGGCAAAGACUCGGGGUUGUUUAAGAAAGGGCCCGGUAGCGCAACGAAUUCGGAUAGAAAUAUGUCUGUAGAUCAUCGAUCCAGCAUCGGUGAUAUGGACGACCUUGGCGAGGACGCUUCUCAGCUUGGGCGGAGCUUUGACAGCCUGGCAAGCAGCCCUUCGCUAGGCCCCUCCAAAUCGAGAGACUCAAGGGAAAGUAGGAUGAGCGGGUGGCGCUUCUCCAUGAAGAAGAAGGGCAAAGACACGGCCAAGGAAAAGGAAAGCGUCGAGUUUGACAGGUAUACCGAAGAGGAAUAA